UGCCGGACCGCCAUUUUGUCUUGUGGCGCAGUCUUUAUGUCUGCAUUCGGUCGGUAAUGUGACAUUUUCGCGCCAUUGUUCGGGCUGUUGACCGACUUGUACAGCAUCUUCGGCGAGUGUGCAACUUUCAGGUUCCUUUGAUGGCGGGAAUUAAGAGCAGUUUUGUGGAGUGAGCGGGAGAAGGUAAUCACCCUCCCCGGGAAGGUCAUACGAUCAGUGCGGGAUGGAACAGAGAGAGGCAUUGUUUCCUAUGGCGGCCAACGUGGGGGAAACGGCGGAGGAAUGCUCGCACGAGUCGCCGGUGGAGGAGGAAAAUGGCAGCGAGACAUCAUCCAACGCCAGCUCCUCAUCCCUGAACUCCUCCAGCACUGAUGGCAGCGAACACGACCACGACGGCAGCGAGCCGCACGGCAUGCGCGAAUUCUCCAUCAAGGAGACGAACUUCGAGCAAGGGCAGUUAAAACUGAAACUGCAGACCAAACGUGUCACAAAACCGCCCAAGAGUCUGGAAAAUUACGUGUGCCGCCCCUCCAUAAAAAUCACUAUCAAACCCGCUCACUCCAACAAGAAGGCUGCGUGCCACGAACAACCGUCUCCGCCGGACCCGGAUAAAACGCCCGAGAAACUGGAUGCCGCCAGUCGUAAGCAGAGUCGCCCCAGGAAAGCGAGAGGAACAAAGCAGGGUCCGGGCGAGGGUUCAGGAAUGCAGAGCGCCGCUACAAGCAAUGGGGAUGACCAAGCUGCCGCCGUAAAGAUGCAUUCUGAUCAGGUUUCACCGCCGCGACCGGAGUAUGACCCGCCCGCCAACGGUUUCGCUAAUUGUGCGGAGAAACCGCCACUUUCCAGUUUGGAAUUGUUGGGGGCCGACUGUGAUGGGAGCGGAGAGCACGGCAACAAUGAUUCUGACGGAGAAAAUGGCGACGGCGGCUCGGAGUCCACGCAGGACAGCGGGAUUGAUCAAGGCGUGUCGCCGGAGUGCCCGCUGUCGGCGGGGAACGGGGAUUCUGGCGUGGAGGAACACGGGGAGGCCGUGGGGAGCGUUGAAACUGUUCAGCUGGAGGCAGGGAGAACGAGAGACGAGGGGCAGGAGGAUUACAACGAGAUGACGCACCACGCAGAGGCAGUCGAGCUGAACGCUGACAUCAUCAACAAUGGCUUCCACAGCGAGGCGUAUGCCGCCACCAUGUCGGAAUCCGGGGAAGAAGUGACGGUUUCUGCCAUUGAGGCUCUUGCGGAGCAGGAGGUUUCCAUGGGAGAAAUUGUCGAAGGAAGCAACGGCCGGCGCGGGGCUCCACCAGCGGAAGCACCUGAAACUGAUGUCGAACAAAACUUGACAUCUGAUGAGGUGGAAAUGUUGCCAGACAGGGAAAAUCCUCACACAGAGGAGGGUGCAACAGUCCUGGCAGAGAGUGAGGGCGGGCCGCCGAGCGUACCCAUUCCUAUUGAGACGGACACCGUUGUGGAAAUUGCGAGCGAGGUGGUUCUAGAACCUUCUCCUGACGUAGACACGGGUGGGGCGCUGACAGACACUCGCUUUGGGUACAGCUCAUACGCGCAUAAUUUUGGGGAGGAUGCCGUAGUCGACAAAGUCUCUGAAGUUGCUAGUGGAGCAACAACACCAGAUGAUGAAAAUAUGUCUGUGUCUGAAAAAAGGAAAAGGGAAACCCAGGGCUCUUCGGUCGUGCAGUCCAAGGCUGCCAUCGCACCACAAGCAAAAACCUCACCCGAGACAAACCCAGGUCUCAAAGUCAAACCACCAAAAGCCAACAACAGGAGCAGGAAGAAAUCCGAAGGAACAAAAUCAGUCUCACAGGCCAGUAGUAGAUCUGCAUCUAGGACGUCUGCUAGGACAUCAUCACGGAGACAGAACGCAGCAAAAUCUGCAAAAGACGCUAAGGCUAUAGAAAAAGAUGCAAAGUCUGCACCUAAAGAUGCAAAGUCUACUUCAAAAGACUGUAAAUCUCAGGCAAAAGAUCCAAAGUCUGUGUCAAAAGAUCCAAAGGGUAAAGAUGCAAAGAUGGCAUCCAAAGAUGCUUCUGCAUUGUCAAAAGACCUUAAGUCCAACACACCAGUAUGUGAAUCCAAUGAGGUGAAAAGUAAUGACAAGAUAGAGUCUGUAACGCCAAGUAAGCAGGAUAAGGACACAGCAGACCAGGAAAUUAACAGUGAAACAUCAAAGAGUAAGGGAAAAGGGCUGAAAGCCUCAACAGUAAAGGGAAAAGCUGGCAGACUAAGUAGCUCUCGUUCACGACCAAGGAAAGCAGUAGAUUCCAGACCGCCCGUAAGCCCUUCCAAGUCAAAGGAGGAAACAAAAUCUCUGUUGACAAAUUCUGAAGACAGGACUUCGUCAAAACAACAGGAAUCCAGGUCCCCAAAGAAAAGAAAAGACUUGUCAGUUCACAAGCCUGAUGAGACCCAAACAACAUCCGGCUCAGCAAGUGUAGAGUCAAACCUUAGCUCAAAGGAAAGUUCCAGUGGUGACUUGUCUCCCCCUUCCUUACAGCUUUCUGCUCCAGACAAACAGCGCAGGAAACCCAGAAAGCAAAAUGUUGUUGGCGUGAAGAGUAGACCAAAAAAGCAGAAGGAAUGUCACAAAAAGGAACCAGCAAAACCUAACAAGGCAAAAACCAGGGAAAGAAGGCCAGGAAAACCCAGGAAAAGUAAGAAAGAUGCAGCAGAGGUAACAGACACUGUACCUGAACUUCUACCCCAGGACACAGUCAGUAAGGACUUACCAGAGAUUUCUUUGUCCACAUCACAGGCAGCUGAAAAGAUCCCAUCUCAAGAACUGGUGAAACCGAGGACGAGGUAUUCACCCAAAAAGCAGAAAGUGGCAACUGAGUCUGCCAGUGUUACAGAAAAUGUUCUGACAGGUGUUACAGAAGCUGGCAAAGAUGACAAGAAGGAGAAGAAUGGAAAAAGGAAGGAAAAACAUGCAGAGGCACCAGAGGCAUCAACAGCAGUUUCACAACCAAAUAAGUCAACAAUGGAACCUGAGAUUGCAAAGUCUCAAGGUAAUGUACCUGUUCCAAAAGACACUGGUUCAGCCGGUAGAAGGUCGAGAAGGAAAACUCCCAAGGAAGAAGGUAAGAAGGCAAUAAAAGAAACCAAAAGGAAAUCUAUGGGAACUGUUGCGAUAAAACCAUCCCCUGCAAGGAAGCAAGAGGAAGUAAAGGAAACUGCUGUUGGGAAAGAUGCCCCACCCUCGCUAGAGCCCGAACCAUCCGUACUUAGUCUGCAUAGAGGGGAGAACUCUACAGAGAACGAACUACCAAAGCUGACAGAGUCGCUUCCUGUUAAAAACAAGACAGGAGACUGCACAAAAAAGGAUGUUCGGGCACUUAGAGGUAGACCAGGCAGGCCAAGAAAGAAACCGGUCCCCGAUUUGGAGUCGCCGCCCAUCUUGACACCUGAGGUCAUCCUUGAGGGGAAAACAGAAGAGACUCCGUCACCCAUCAGUGACUUGUCGACACAGACCACCAAUGAUGACUGCAUGUUGAGUGACAGUGGCAUCGGAACUGACAACAGCACCUCCGACAAGGAGAGAAACAAAAAUGACAAGAAGAGGAAAAGUAAAGACGCUGAGGACUCCAAAACUCAGGCAGCUACGGAGGAGAACAAGAAAGAGAAACACAAACGGAAACACAAGCCAAAGGUUCUACAGGAGGACACAGGCAUGGAUAGGCUGAAAAAGCACAAGAAGAAAGUGAAGAAAAAGCACAUACGUGGGAGAGAGCGGAAUAUUGUUGACCCUGUGUUCCUCACACAGAUGGACGAGGUCAUUGACCUCAUACAUGAACUGAGAAUCUCCCCCACCCAACCACAAUACGUCCCCGGAAACACGUCCCUGGGCUCUGUGUUACCCAUCUGUCCACUUCCCUCCAUUUUCAGGUUGGACUUCAACAACCGCGUCUGGAAGGCGAAACACAAACACGGGAAGACAAAGCGAAUCAAGAGACUGAAACUUCCCAAGGGAAAGCCUGGUAGACCAAAGAAGAACAAGAGCAGUCCUGAGAAAAGCGAGAACAACGUCUCCCCAACAACAGCCCCUGAAGGGUCGCCUCCUGCAGCUGAAUGUCUCGAACAUGUUCCAAACACCAACACAGGUAAAACUACCAAAGGUAGACCCAGAAGAAAACCAAAGAACCUUUCAGUCACGGCAGCAGUGGAUGAAACUGUUACUAGGGGGCAACAGCCAAGAAAAGGGCAACCAUCCGCGGAGAAAGUCCAUAGCCAGUCUGAUGAUAUUACCACCACCGACUCGGUGCAGGAUUCCAUCGAGGAAUGCAUCAGAAAAAUAUCUGGCACAGAAGACAAGUCUGCGAGUAAAACUGAGCCUCAGACACCUGGUACUAGUUUGGAGAACACAGCUGUUGACACAAUGGCUGCUGCGAUAGAAGCUUGCAUUGGCUCGGGAACAAAGGCAAAGCCAGGACGUAGGAAGAAGGUUGAAAAAGAGGUCACGGGCAAUGACGGCGUACCGGCAGAAGAUGCAAACAAGACAAAAGCAAGAGCAAAAGCAUCCAGAGUUUCCAAUAGGAAGUCUGCAGGAAGAGGUCACGUGAGCAAUGAAAAUGAUGACGGUACACAGGUACAAACAGACAGUACCAACACUGUUCCUACCACGGAGCCCGUUCCGUCAUUAAAGAUGGACUCAAGUCAAACAGCGCCCCCUGUCCAAGAGACGAGAAAGGCAGGGAAAGGUAAGAGAACACGGCCGGCAGAGGAAACCAUGCCCAUAAAGAAGCGCCGGGGAAAGAUGCUGUCCAUCUCAGGUGUGGCCUCCAGUCUGGCACUUCCGGAAACGCCGUCCCAGUCUUCCAGUGUCGUAGCAGGCGUGCCAAACCCCCCCUCCUCUCCACAGGAGCAGACCAUGGUGACACACGACGGGUUACAGAGGAGGCUGCCGCGGCAGUUCCUGCACAAACCUCUGGUCACCAAAAGCCACCAGGUCGACCAGGCCAGCAAGAUUCUCAAAAGGGCCAAGAUGCAGGCAGUGAAGGUUCCCAAACCUGUCAGGAGACCCGGUCGGCCUCGGAAACGACCUGUACCGGAUUCUGAACCAGACGCCGCCGACGUUACAGUAGACCAGACCCAGGACCAGAGUAAUUCCGAUCAGGACAGGAGAACUUUGCCAACGCCGGGUGAUGAUAUCGACACGUACUUGGAAACGAUCGAGGCCGUCGUGGCAGAGGCUGCCAAGUUGGACAGUUCAAACACGAGCGGAAGAAGAGAGCCCAAAAGGAAGCGUGAAGCGAGUGUUUCUCCCAGGAAGAGAAAAAAGUCUGAUGGUCCUCAAGAAGAGACUCCAGAACCCGCACCUCCACCUGUUCCACAGCCUUACAUACACACUAGGUCUGGUAAAAGGGAAGCGCUGGUUCAGCCACAAACAUCCGUCACUACAGCAGCACCCAGCAGGGCCACCGAGUCAGAGUCCAGCCCUGACAAGGAGAAGAAGGAACCUCCUGUAGCCGCCGCCGUUGUCGAAGGUGUGAAGAAGAAGAGACGAGACCCUCACGAGCCUCGCAAGAAGUACAUCAAGGCUGGCCUCUUCUCCGACUACUUCAAGGUUGACCCCAUUAUGUGCAGAGUGGUCAGUUUAGGCAAGGGAAGGCUUGAUGACAGUCCUGCUGGCACUGACUCAGGGCCCAAACGACAGAAGAACGGGAUGACCAAGAAGGAGAAACUGGAGUACGAGCCCAGCAAGUUUGAGUACGGCCUUCUGCCUGCACCUAUCCAUGUUGGAAAGUACCUGAGACAGAAGAGGAUUGACUUCCAGAUGCCGUAUGACAUCUGGUGGCAGUACAAGCACAACAAGCUCAUCCCCAAGAUAGAUGAGAGAACGAAGUACAAGAAAAUCCGAUCAAACAUCUUUGUGGACGUGAAGCCGCUGUCUGGUUGUGAACCAGUCAUCUGUUCGUGUGUCCGGCCGGCCGAGCCAGCUGACAAGGCCUGUCAGGAAGACUGUCUCAACAGGAUGAGUUUCAUGGAGUGUUCCCCCAACACCUGCCCGUGUGCGGACCAGUGUGCCAACCAGAGGAUACAGAGGCACGAGUGGGACCAGGGCCUGGAGAGGAUCGUCACUAAGGACAGGGGCUACGGAGUCAGGAGUAAAACACCUAUCCCACAGGGAAACUUUAUCCUGGAGUAUGUCGGCGAGGUGGUGAGUGAACAGGAGUUUCGCCGGCGGACCGUGGAGAUCUACCACGACCACAACCACCACUACUGCCUCAACCUGCACAGCGGAGCCGUCAUCGACGGCUACAAGUACGGCUGCGAGGGACGCUUCGUCAACCACAGCUGCGAGCCCAACUGUGAGAUGCAGAAGUGGUCGGUUAAUGGGGUGUACAGGAUCGGACUCUUUGCUCUCAGGGACAUCCCGGCAGGGGAGGAGCUGACAUACGACUACAACUUCCACGCUUUCAACAUGGAGAAACAGCAAAUCUGCAAGUGUGGCAGUGCCAAAUGCAGGGGAUUCAUCGGGGGAAAGAACCAACGCUUCAACGGUGCCUUGAACAACAAGCCUGCAGCCAAGAACUCAGGGGCCAAGACAAGGAAGAGCAAAACAAGGCUGAAGAAGAGGGAACAACAGAACCAGCAGCAGUCCCAGGGUGCACAGCAGCAGCUUCCUACUCCUCAGCACCACCUGCCCAGGUUUGGAGAACCUCCACAGGUCAUCUACUACAAGUCCUGGUCACAUGCCAUCAAACCUCUCUCUGCUAGGGAAAGGAAUCUUGUCCAGAAGCACAAGAUGUUCCUCUUGCAUAACUGGGAACGUGUGCGGAACUCGAAGGAGGCCAUGAAGAAAAAAUCAGCCCAGGAGACCAAGGCAGCCAGUACUGCUGUCGGCGGUGCAUACAUUCCAAAAACAGACGUGUUCAUGACGCAGUUCACGGCGCUGAAGACGUCGCGCUCGGUCCGGACGCGUCGUUUGGCCGCUGCUGAAGAGAACAGCGAAGUGACGAGGACGGCAAGACUGGCCCAGGUGCUGAAGGACAUCUACAACACUGUGGUCAACCACAAAGAUACCAAAGGCCAGGCACUUGCAGCCCCCUUAAUGAGUCUUCCCAACAGGAAAAGGAAUUCCGAGUAUUACUCCAUGAUUUCCGACCCUCUGGACCUCACCACCAUCGAGAACAAGAUCAUGACAGGGAAAUACAAAACUGUGGAUGACUUUGAGGCUAACAUGCAACAAGUCUUCAGGAAUGCUGAGAAAUUCCACGGGAAGAAGUCACCGAUAGGGAAGGACGUGUGCAGGCUGAGGAAGGUGUACACCACGGCCAGGAGUGAUGCUUCCAGGCAGCUAGAAGAGAUCCUAGGUGAGGUGUCUGGAGAACCUGACACCACAGAGACGGUGGAGGAGACAGUCAGGGACCAGGAGAAGGACGAGUCAGACGAUGACAUCAUCCGCUGCAUCUGUGGCAUCUACAAGGACGAGGGCCUCAUGAUCCAGUGUGAGAAAUGCAUGGUUUGGCAGCACUGUGACUGCAUGCGGACCACAGACGACGUGGAACAUUACCUGUGUGAGGAGUGUGACCCUCGGCAGGUGGACAGGGAAGUUCCCAUGGUGCCCCAGCCUCCGUACGCUAACCGCGGCUGCACGUACUACCUGACUCUGCUCCGGGAUGACCUGCUGGUCCGACAAGGGGACUGUGUGUACCUGAUGCGUGACCAGUCCCAGCGGCGCAGUGUUGACGGGAAGUCUGUCCGCACGUCCUACCGCCUCCUCUCCAACAUCAGCCCUGACAAGCUGGACGUCUUCCGCGUCGAGAAACUCUGGAAGAACGAAAAGAGUGAGAGGUUUGCUUUUGGCCACCACUACUUCAGACCACAUGAAACCCACCAUGCCCCUUCCAGAAAGUUCUUCCCCAAUGAGUUGUUCAGAGUGCCCCUGUAUGAGAUCAUCCCCCUGGAGGCUGUGGUUGGCCUGUGCUGUGUCAUGGACCUGAAGACGUUCUGUAAGGGCCGUCCCAAGACUGUCAAGGAGCAGGACGUGUACGUGUGCGACUACAGACUGGACAGGACGGCACAUCUUUUCUACAAGACCACAAAAACCAAGUACCCCAUCUGCACCAAACCCUAUGCAUUUGACCACUUUGAGAAGAGGCUGGUGCCCAAGAGAACAUACACGCCUCAUCAUGUCCCAGAGCACUACAAGAAAACUGGUGGGAGGCCGUACUGGAAGAGUAACCGUCAGGACGGGAGUUCGGAGACGUCGUCCACCAUGGGUGACUCCAUCGACCAGGCCAGCACCUCGGGACUGGAGGAACCUGCAGUUUCUGACAAGAUCAGCCCAAGCUCUACUGCAGAAGAAGCACCAACCUCCUCAGAACAUCACAAGACAAAACAGAGGCAGAAGCAAAAGGAGAGGCUCAACAAUGUUCUUCUAAAGCUACUGGCUAAACUUCCUGGGAAACACAAACCUGUAGACGUCAGCUACCUGUUGGAGGAGGGGGCAGGAAAACGACAGCGCAAAAAAACAACGCUCGUCGACUGCUGGUGAUCACUCUCGCACCACUCGUGACCAUCAUCAUAGCAAUUGGCUGUUGCCAUGACAACCCAGUUGCGUGGCAACACCAAAACAAAGGCAGCUGUAAAGUUUCUGGAAGCAUAGUUGUAUCCUGUUCCAUGUCCGUAGCAUCGAGUGCCAUGGUAGCUGUAGACAAGGGCAGAGAAAGGGCAGAGAGGCCACGGACGUGAACUAACCUGGGACCAAGAUUUACCGCGCACAGGACCCUGGGAGCUUUGAAUGUUAUGUUUUUUUUGUAUCAUUAUUACAGUUGAUGUCCCUACAGCUUGUCUGAUAAGACAUGUUGGACCACAUUUGAAAAGAAAAAUGUCAGUGAAGUAUUUCAAGAAGCAGCAUUCUGAUGGCAUCACCUUAUGGCAGACUAUAAUCUAGCAAGUUACCUCACAUGUGAUUUUAACUGACAUGCUUGCCUCUUAUUCUCUUUCCUGUAGCAAAUGUCAUCUGGGCUUGAACAGUACGAUUUUAAACUAACAUAGAAUUAUAAAC